AUGGGAGUGGCAUCAUGUGCACACCUCCACACGCUGAAGCUGCACAUGGGAGGGGAGCCAUGUGCACGCCUCCACACGCUGAAGCUGUACACGGGAGCAGAGCUGUGUGCACGCCUCCACAUGCUGAAGCUGUACACGGGAGUGGAGCCGUCUACCCUCAACCUCAUUACAUACCUAUUACAUUCCAAUGAGGCCUCCCCGCCCGGCCUUGCUCUGCAUUUAGUUGAAGGUGCCGGCUUCCUGGCCAGCAGGGCCAUGCUCCUGGCGUGCUGCUGCCCAGUGUCCGCACCUGGGGUAGCUGGGGCUCGUGUUAGAACAGCCUACCGUCUCCGGACCGGCCUGCCGGAGGACUUUGGCACCGAGGUUGGCGCGUUCCACAAGGGCCGAUGGGUCACUGUCACCCACUGCCAGGACCCGGGCGCGUCCACGUCUCCGGCCCUGGCCCCCGGGCCGCCCCCAGGCUCCGGCCCCGGACUGCCAAACCCCCUGCUACCUCAGACCUCGGCUGCCGGCGGCGGCGGCAGCAGCGUCAUCUUCCCCAACCCGCUGGUCAGCAUCGCCGCCACGGCCAACGCGCUGGACCCGCUGGCGGCCCUCAUGAAGCACCGCAAGGGCAAGCCCCCCAACGUGUCGGUGUUCGAGCCCAAGGCCAGCACCGAGGACCCCUUCUUCAAGCACAAGUGCAGGUUCUGCGCCAAGGUCUUCGGCAGCGACAGCGCGCUGCAGAUCCACCUGCGUUCGCACACCGGGGAGCGGCCCUUCAAGUGCAACGUCUGCGGGAACCGCUUCUCCACCAAGGGCAACCUGAAGGUGCACUUCCAGAGGCACAGGGAGAAGUACCCCCACAUCCAGAUGAACCCCUACCCCGUCCCCGAGUACCUGGACAACGUGCCCACCUGCUCGGGGAUCCCCUACGGCAUGUCGCUGCCCCCCGAGAAGCCGGUGACUACCUGGCUGGACAGCAAGCCCGUGCUGCCCACGGUGCCCACGUCCGUGGGGCUGCAGCUGCCCCCGACCGUCACAGGCACCCACAGCUACAGCGACUCCCCCAGCGUUACCCCUGCCAGCCGCUCCCCACAGAGGCCCUCCCCCGCGUCCAGCGACUGCAUGUCCCCGGGCCUCGGCCACACCGAGUCUGGCCUGGCGGGGCCGGCCGAGUCUCCACAGCCCCUCCUCGGUGGGCCUGCUCUGACGAAAACCGAGCCGGUCAGCCUGCCCUGUGCCAGUGCCAGGACCGGAGAGGCUCCCGUGGUGGCAGGGCAGGUGGGCGGACUGCCCACAUCCUCGGCCACCACCGUCACGGACAGCGCCUCUGCGAGCCUGGGCAGCCCCGGGCUUCCUGCGGUCUCUGACCAGUUCAAGGCCCAGUUUCCCUUUGGCGGGCUGCUCGAUUCCAUGCAGACGUCGGAGACCUCGAAACUGCAGCAGCUGGUAGAGAACAUCGACAAAAAGAUGACUGACCCCAACCAAUGUGUGAUCUGCCACCGUGUGCUGAGCUGCCAGAGCGCGCUCAAGAUGCACUACCGGACGCACACGGGUGAGCGGCCCUUCAAGUGCAAGAUCUGCGGCCGCGCCUUCACCACCAAAGGCAACCUGAAGACGCACUUCGGGGUGCACCGCGCCAAGCCGCCCCUGCGCGUGCAGCACUCCUGCCCCAUCUGCCAGAGGAAGUUCACCAACGCCGUGGUCCUGCAGCAGCACAUCCGCAUGCACACGGGCGGGCAGAUCCCCAACACGCCGCUGCCCGACGGCUUCCAGGACGCCAGGGACGCCGAGCUGAGCGCGGAGACGCUGAGCGGCUAUGACGACGACAUCGAUGACAACUCCAUGGAGGAGGACGCGGAGCUCAAAGACACGGCCAGCGACUCGUCCAAACCGCUCCUCUCCUUCUCGGGGUCAUGCCCACCCUCGCCCCCCUCGGUCAUCUCCAGCAUCGCCGCCCUGGAGAAUCAGAUGAAGAUGAUCGACUCGGUCAUGAACUGCCCGCAGCUGGCUGGCUUGAAGUCCGUGGAGAACGGGUCCGGGGACAGCGACCGCCUGAGCAACGACUCGUCCUCGGCCGCGGGAGACCUGGAGAGCAGGAGCGCCGGCAGCCCCGCCCUGUCCGAGUCUGAGUCCUCGCAGGCACCGUCACCCGCCAACAGCCAUGGGGAGAGCUUCCGCUCCAAGUCCCCCGGCCUCGGCGCCCAGGAGGAUCCUCAAGAGAUUCCCCUCAAGACAGAGAGGCCCGACAGCCCGCCCGCCGGCCCCGGGAACGGAGGCGCCCUGGACCUGACGGCGGGCCCCCCCGGCCGGCCGGCCAUCAAGGAGGAGACCCCCUUUGGCUUGCUGUUCCUCAACAGAGAGCGCGGUAAGUGUGCGAGCACUGUGUGUGGUGUCUGUGGGAAGCCCUUCGCUUGCAAGAGUGCGCUGGAAAUCCACCACCGCAGCCAUACCAAGGAACGGCCGUUUGUCUGCACGGUCUGCAGGCGGGGCUGUUCCACUAUGGGUAAUUUAAAGCAGCACAUACUGACGCACAGAUUGAAAGAGCUGCCUUCUCAGGUAUUUGACCCCAACUCUACCCUAGGUCCCAGCCACAGCACUCCUGGCCUGGUCGCCAGUCCCACGCCAACCAUGAUCAAGAUGGAAGUGAACGGCCACGUCAAGGCCCCUGUGCCGGGUGAGGGUCCGCCCCCACCCCUGCCCGCCGGAGUCCCGCUCCCUACGGGGCCCCAGGCCGUGAUGAGCCCCGGUCUGGCACCCAUGCUGGCCCCCCCGCCGCGCCGGACUCCAAAGCAGCAUAACUGCCAGUCAUGCGGGAAGACCUUCUCCUCAGCCAGCGCCCUGCAGAUCCACGAGCGCACUCACACCGGGGAGAAGCCCUUCGGCUGUACCAUCUGUGGCCGGGCCUUCACCACCAAGGGCAACCUCAAGGUACACAUGGGGACGCACAUGUGGAAUAACGCACCCGCGCGGCGUGGCCGCCGCCUGUCCGUGGACAACCCCAUGGCCCUGCUGGGCGGGGACGCCCUCAAGUUCUCCGAGAUGCUGCAGAAGGACCUGGCGGCCCGGGCCAUGAACGUGGACCCCAGCUUUUGGAACCAGUAUGCGGCCGCCAUCACGAACGGGCUGGCCAUGAAGAACAACGAGAUCUCCGUCAUCCAGAACGGAGGCGUGCCCCCACUCCCAGUAAGUCUAGGCGGAGGCGCCAUCCCCCCCCUGGGCGCCGGGACCGGCGCGGUGGACAAGCUACGCACGGGCAGCAGCCCGCCCAUGGUCAGCCUGGACAAGGCAAGCUCCGAGGCCGGAACUGGCCGGCCGUUCACCAGGUUCAUUGAGGAUAACAAGGAGAUUGGUAUCAACUAG